AUGGCUAUCGUGCUUCUGCAGUGCGGUGGAGUCGUCAACACGGCGAUUCUGUCGCUAGUCCCUGCCGCUGAGGCUUGGCUCUCGAUGGCUAUCAAAUCGCGCCUUGCCGCGGCGUGGCCUUACAUGUACAAGCUCAGCAUCAGCCGCCACGUAGCUACCCAUCACGAGGCAGAGCUUGUAUCAAGCAGGCGGCAGCUAGCUUCGGGCGUCAACAUCGACAAGCUCCCCCCAUCUCCAAGGGAAAAACGAGCUCUCGAUACCGAACCGAAGCACCCAUGUGUGUUCCAGUCCCAAACCAGGGGUCCCAUGAGAAGCCCUCCUCUAGCUCAAUGCCUAGCCCGAUAG